AGGAGCGGGCGCACUUGGGGUAGAAACUAAAUGAGUUUGAGUGUGACAGAGACAAGAAGGAAAAACCGCUAGGUUUUUGGGAACUACACAGAAGCCGAUCGAAAGCUGCUCACUUUUUAUCCAAACCAACAGUUUUAUUUUUCUCCCUGUUUUGAAGUUAUUUUUAAUUGCGAGAGAAGUCUUCAUACUGGGACCUCAGGGACUGAGGAAAACUUUUUAAAAGCAGCGACACAACUGACAAAAGUUUGAGGAUAUGCCUUUUUUUUCUUUACUUUUAUAAUAUAUUUUAUCCGGAGGAGACCUCACACUUUUGAAUCUCAUCAACCCCUGGAUUAAUUGAAAGAGUGGGAAAUAGCCGUUUUCUGGGCGCUCCAACGUGAUGUAACUUAAAUCUUAAUACAACCACUAACUUUUACCGUCCAAAUUCUGCGCUUGUGCCUGGAACUUAAAGACAUUUUGCUUGACUGACGCAUCUUACUUAAUUUGAUCUACCAUUUGGACCGGGGAAGUUGCGCGCCCGGGCUGCUAUGACAUAACGGGACACUCUUGGAAAAUCAAGGGUGCUGAAUUUUUCUGAAAUGACCGGAUGACGCGUGUCCAUUGUUGAGCGGAGGGACUCUUUUAAGUUUACCAUUCAUUCAUACAUCCAUUCAUUCAUUCAAGACCGAGACCAAGAUCCUUUAGCUUCCUCGUGCCCUCCUUACACCCUCCGAAAGCUUCAUGGUGGAGACAUGGGAUGACUGGAGGCGGGGGUGCAGCUGAGGUGAGAUCCAGCCGAAGGACAAUGUUCACGCCCGGCGUUGGCAUCCCUCUGCUGCCGGGGCGUCUGGUACUGAUGCUGCUCCUGCUGUCCGCCUCCGAGCCCAGGCUCUCCCAGGCGUGUUCCGGGCUGCUCGCCUCCACCAGCGGCUGCAGCUGCACGGACCAGCGGUCCAAAGCGCACGGGGUCCAGGCGUUUGGGAGACGGGUCAGCUGCAGCAAAGAGGAGCUGAGUGAACCUCCGGCUGCAGGCCUGCUGCCCAACAGGACCGUCACUCUGAUUCUGAGCCACAACAAAAUCCGAGUCCUGAGUAAUGGAUCCUUCUUUGGACUUUACUCUUUGGAGAAGCUAGACCUCAAGCACAACUUAAUCAGCACCAUUGUGCCUGGAGCCUUCCAUGGUCUUUCUGAGCUUCGGAAACUCGACCUGUCCAACAACCGCAUUGGCUGUCUGACUGCAGACAUGUUCCAGGGGUUAACCAAUCUCACCAAACUGGACCUCUCUGAUAACAUCAUCUCGACCAUGGACCCAGGAGUGUUUCAGGAGCUGCCACUGCUCAAGCUUGUGAACUUCAACUCAGCCUACCUGUCGUGUGACUGCGGGUUGCGUUGGGUCCCGGGGUUCUUUCGCAGCAGUUCAGCCCGUCUGGGGGACGAAACCCUGUGUGCCUAUCCCAGGCACCUGAGGGGAAAGCCCCUGCGCGGACUAAGGGAAAGCCAGCUGAGCUGUGACGGCCCCCUGGAGCUGCACACCCUGUCGCUGCUGCCGUCCCAGCGCCAGGUGGUCUUCAAAGGCGACCGGCUGCCCUUCCAUUGCACCGCUGCCUUGGUGGACAAGAUCACCACCUUACACUGGCGUCACAAUGGUCGGCUGGUGACCUCUGACCCAGAGAUGUCUGUCCAGCUGGAGAACAGUGUGCUGCACGACUGCACCUUCAUCACCAGUGAGCUUAUUCUAUUCAACGUACAUGUGGAGGCCAAGGGAGAGUGGGAGUGUGUGGUUUCUACUGGGCGGGGAAAUACGUCGCGCAGCGUUGAAAUAUUGGUGCUGGAGAACAGUGCCUCCUUCUGUCCAGAGGAUAAAGUUGUCAACAACCGCGGGGAAUUCAGGUGGCCCAGAACUCUGGCAGGCAUCACCUCACAUCAGUACUGCCUGCAGCUGCGUUACCCGUCCCUGUCUUUGGAAGGAGGUAUCGAACAGAAAAAGGCCUCCAGACAAUGUGACCGCUCUGGGAACUGGCAGGAGGCGGACUAUUCAGAGUGUCACUACACCAAUGGCAUCACCCGUGUCCUACAUACCUUCAUCCUGAGGCCCAUCAAUGCAUCCAAUGCACUCACCUCGGCUCAUCAGGUGCGCACAUACACCCUGGAGGCUGCAGGCUUCACUGACUCUGUGGAUGUGUUGUAUGUGGCGCAAAUGAUGGAGAGGUUCAUGGAAUACGUCAAACAGCUGCGAGAGUUGUCAGAGGUGUUGGUCGAGAUGGGUAGCAACGUGAUGCAGGUGGACGACCAGAUCCUCGCUCUCGCCCAGAGAGAAAAGAGAGCCUGCAGCUCCAUAGUCUACUCCCUAGAGACCAUGGCCUGGCCUCAGCUACACGGUCAUGCUCAGGACUUCUCCAUGGUGUCUAGAAACAUUGUGAUGGAGGCCCACUUCAUCCGAUCAGCCCACUUCACGGGCAUAACCUGCACUGCUUAUCAGCGUCGCGAAGAAUUAACGGGCAGCCUGGGAGUGGACGGGUCAGAGUCCACUCACGAGCAGCAGCUUCGUUUUCGCUGCAGCACCGGUUCCCAUAACACCUCCCUCAACAAUUUCCCACUUAAGAAUUCAGUAGCACUGGCCUCUGUGACUCUCCCUGCUACCCUGUUUCCUCCUGAUGCUCCUGCGGACUGUAAGCUGCAGUUUGUAGCCUUCAGGACCGGCAGCUUUUUCCCUCUCUCUGGGAACUCAAGCAGCACCGGGGAACACUCUCGCCGACGUAGCGUCAACACUCCUGUCAUAUUCGUUGGCCUAGACGGCUGCAGCAGAUGGAACCUCUCAGAGCCCAUCUGGGUUUCGCUGCGUCACUUGUCCCCUGGUACUGAUGCUGUGGCAGCCCAGUGGAGCCUUGCGGCUCUCGAGAAACGAGGAAGCUGGAGUGACGAGGGGUGUCAGCUGGUCCACAGUGACAGCAGCACGUCCACAAUGCGCUGCUCUGUGCUCAGCAACUAUGCCGUGCUGCAGGAGGUGCCCGACUUUCCCAACUCCACACCCAUCUCUGGCAGGGUGCUCCACCCUGUGGUCUAUGCCUGCACUGCAUUGCUGCUCCUUUGCCUCUUCACCAUCAUCAUCACACACAUACUGCACCACAGCACCAUUCACUUAUCAAGAAAAAGCUGGCACACGUUACUGAAUACCUGCUUUCACAUCGCCAUGACGACAGCCAUCUACGCAGGAGGCAUAAGCCUGACCAGCUACCCAGUGGUUUGCCAAGCAGUGGGCAUCGCCCUGCACUAUUCCUCGCUGUCGACCCUGCUGUGGAUUGGGGUCAGUGCCAGGGUCCUUUACAAAGAAGCUGUGUGGAGAAUACCACGGCUACCGGAGGGAGAGCCUCCUGCUCCACCUACUCAGCGACCUAUGCUCAGGUUCUAUUUGAUAGCCGGUGGAGUUCCUCUUAUCAUUUGUGGAAUAACUGCAGCUGUCAAUGUCAACAAUUACGGCGACAACAGCCUUUACUGCUGGCUGGUAUGGCGCCCCAGUCUGGGGUCGUUCUUUGUCCCCGCGGGCCUCGUGCUGUUGGUGACCUGGAUGUAUUUCCUGUGCACUGUGUUUCGCCUGAGGCACCGUGUGGCCAAAGAAUGCACAGGAACCACCCUGUCCACUCCUGUGACUGAACGCCAGCCUGCGCUGGCAGGAAGCACGAGCCUCCUCUCCACAGACUCGGCGGUGGGACCAAUGAACCCUGUUGCCGUGCCGGAGGACCAGUACUCUCUCAAGACACAGUUCUUAGUGCUGGUGGCAACACAUUUCCUGUUUGUGGUUCUGUGGUGUUGUGGCGCCAUGGCAAUGUGGCUGACGGGACACACCAGCUUGUUGUUCAGCUGUCUCUACGGAAUUGCUGCCACAGUUCUGGGGGUGUUUCUGGUCGUGCACCACUGCUUUCGACGCCUGGACGUGCAGGCCUCAUGGAUGGCGUGUUGCCCUCGCCGCUCCCAUCCUUUGUCCACUUAUACGCACGCCUGCACGGCGGGGAGCGGGGUGCAGACCUCUGAGCAGGGAUCGCAACUUUUCAUCAACUGCCAUCCACCUCCUGACUCUCAUAACUCAUCAGCUCCGUCAUCAUCCACGCCAAGUGCAAUCAGCAGUGUGGGCCCCGGGCCCUGCAAGCUCACCAACCUGUUGCAGGCGGCACAAGAAAGCCCAAACAACACUACGCGUGCGCCUGUCGGUAACAACACCAGCACCAGUGCCGACAACACCGCCAAGCCAACGAACAAUGUCCUGCUCACUGUUAAUUCUGCGGCGCCAUUGCAUCCUCAUAGGAGGAAAGUGAUCAGCAGAACUAAACAAGGAAGCAGCCAGUAUCAUCACCGGAGUGAGGGAAGAGGUCACUAUCGUCUCAAAGCUCUAAGGACUGGUGGUGGUGGGGGCAGCCUGGGAGCAUUGGGACCCACUGGUUUAGAGCACCACAGUUCUCAUAAACAGGCCACCAGUGAGAAUGGCAGCAUACGGCAUAGCCUCUCAGAGAACCAGGCCAGCCCGCUAGCCAACGGGAAGCGCCUCGGGCAGUCCGUGCCGACCAGCCCCUCAGAGGGAAGUGACGGGGGAAGCAGCGGAAGUCGCAAACCUUUCCCGUUGCUGCCUUCCAUGGCCAGCAGAGCGGCUAUGCACGGGGCUCAGAGACGCUGCGCCAGUAGAGACAAUUUGAAGCUGGAGCGAGACACUAAGCGCUGCUCCUACCCUUUGAACAGUGCCACCACCAUGGUGCCCGGCGCCGCUGCCCCAAAUGGCACCGUCAAAAAGUCAGGGCUCGAGCUGGAACAGGACAUGAGUGGCACGGACAAAUCCCAGAGCUCUGUUGGAAUGAAGAGUGGUUUGUGGAAAAGUGAAACCACAGUGUAACGUAUACUUAUAUGUGAACUUCUAUGCAUGGCCUUAAUGGACAAAAAGGAUUGGGUUGUGUUUUAACGGUCUCUUGAUUAUAAUAAUUAUAUAAUUUAAGAUAUAAAAUCAUUAAGGCAUCCAGGACGGUAAACUGGUACUUUUUGCCUCUGUAGCAGUGCAAGAGUUUGCUGUGAAAUGGUUAGACAAUGAGGCAGUUUUUUUCUACUGUCAUUUUGAAAAAUAAGAGGCUCAUUCAGCUUGAAUCAUUUCACAAAGUAUAAGAUAUCUCUGGAAUUGGCAUAUGAUGUUGAUUUUGGAUGUCUAAUGAACAGCUUUACUGUAUUAGUUGUGAUUUUUCUAUGCAUAUCAACUAUAGCAUGAAAUGGAGUAAAAACUCAUCUAGUUCCAAAGUACAGCACAGUAUAUGCAUUUAAUCUGUGGACAACCUUCCACUCUUUUUUGUUUGCUCCAAGUAAUUGUUUGUUUGGGUUCAUACAUGUUUUUGUAUGUGCUGUGUGUGUGUGUGUGUGUGUGUGUGUGUGUGUGUGUGUGUGUGUGUGUGUGUGUGUGUGUGUGUGUCUGCAUGCGUACGUAUGUAUGCAUAAACAAUAGUCGAGUAAUUGCAUGACUGUGGCUGUAAAGAAUCUCAGUGAAUUAAAAAAACGUUGGAGACUUUUGAAUAUAUAUGCUGGGGCAUUUCUUUUGUCUUUGCUAAGCUCCCAGCACUCAAACAGCUACAAAUAGAUUCAGAAGGAAUAAAAAACUUUAUUCAAUAUUCAAUUCCAGCUGAAGUCAUUUUCUGGUGUAAUACAGGAAUGAGU